ACAGGUGAACUUAGACGUUUAUAGACCUGCCUUACGAGUUAAUGUUUAUAUAACAAGUCGGCCGCAUGUGCUAGUUCAGUGGAGUGAGUCUUAACACCCGAAUUCGUUAGUGACAAUUCUGUGUUAACUUGUUAAUAUCUUUCAAAGGAUAGUACACCGGUACCGGAUAGGCUGCUUCAAUCGCCUCAAGGCGACGUGACAGAGUUAUUUCACCUAUAAACACAUGGCACAGGAUGGUCGCCUUCUGUUACUAUGGCAGUGAGUAAGUCUUCACUAGAAGAUUACUGGACUGAGUUCCAUGAAAUAGAGAGCAACAAAGAUCCAGAUGAAGAAGAGGAAGAAGAGGAACUUCCUAAAACCCCAGAUGGGGAACAGGAAGCUAGGUGGCUGAAGGAGGUCGGAUUGGACGCCGUUGUCAAUCGGAUCAAAGAUGGACACGGACUGACAGAUGAUGAGAUGGAUGCUGUCACAGCGACCUUGACCUCCAGCCAGGCUGCUGUUGUGAAGCGUCGCGUCGACACUCUUAGUACUACCAUGCGUAAGCGACAAAAGCAGAACAAAACUGAUGUGCGGGAUAUAUUUCCUGCCCAGGAAACGGUCAAUGGGAACUUGUAUGGUAGUCCAGGAUCGUUCCAUCGACUAUCAGGCAGACCUUUUGGAGAUGGGCAGACAACUUCUGACCAGGUGAUUCUGAGACAUGGCAGUAAGACCAAGGAGAGGUCAUUCAUGAGAAAGGGAGGUUAUUCCAUGUCGGGAAGGAGGACAGAUGAGGCUGCUAGCCCUGAUCCGAUAGGUAUAGAAAUGUUGAGUGUGCACCCGAAGGGAUCCUACCACCACCCUGUAGAGGAGAGGCUGCCAAGUAGGGGCUCUGGCCUACCUCCAAUAUCUGAUCAUGAGGAUAUCAUGUUUGAACUAAAACACGAUGAGCCUAAUCAGGGCAAGCAUAAGCUUGGCUUCCAACUUGGACCACAUCAAAAGAUGGGAGAUAAUUUACCAAAUUUCACACUGGUACAAGAUAAGCUGGGUGUGACCCAGAUGAGUGACCUCAGCACCAGUGAUAUGUCUCAGAUACGAUCCCUGGCUCUCCUAGAACUUACCUCUAUGUUUGAUAAUCAUAAUAUCACCUACAGACACAGAAAGGCAAAGAAACGGGUGAAAGAUCAUGGUCUGUUUGGAGUUCCAUUACAAACACUUUUAGAGAAUGACCGGAAAAUAGAUUCCAGAGUCACCAUCCCUAUCAUCUUUCAUGAUAUCAUCAAGUUCCUUGAGUCUCACUGUCUGAGUACUGAAGGCAUCCUCCGAGUGCCAGGCUCCACCGGCAGAAUUAAGCAAUUACGAGUGGAGUUGGAAGAGCGGUUCUACAGUGGUGCUAUAUCCUGGGCUGAGAUUAUGCCUAACGACGCAGCUGGACUUCUGAAACAGUUCUUAAGGGAGCUUCCCGUACCCCUUCUUACCUAUGAAUACAUAGAGGCCUUUGCUCAGGUAGAAAGUAUCAAAGAGAAGAAACAACAGCUACAGGCACUUUGUUUACUUAUAUUAUUACUGCCACCUGUUCACCGUAAUACCUUACAGAUGCUGUUGCGGUUCCUACAGCGGAUUGUGAGUAAGUGUCGAGAAAACAAGAUGAGUCUAGCUAAUGUGUCGAUGAUCAUGGCCCCAAAUCUGUUUUUGGUGUCUAGUAGUCCCUCCAAGUUCAAGGGUAUUCAGGAACGAGAGAUUAGUAUGGCAGCUGGAACCUGCAACAUUGUUAGAAUGCUGAUCAAAUACUUGGACAUCCUCUGGACGGUGCCUGCAUUUCUGGUACGACAGAUGAGACGCCAAAAUGAAAUCUCUCAACAACGCAAGGUUAGAGAUAAAUCGAAAAUAAAAUUCCUAGGCAAGAAAGACAAGUCAGAGUUAUAUAAAAAGCCUCCCAUAGUUCAUGAGGGUGAUUUUGAGGAAGGCGUGAUUCGUGUACAUGCUCCAAACCUGACAAAAAGUUCUACAGCUAUCCGGCUGGACAAUCAUAUGACUGCUGGACACAUCGUAGACAGAUUCAGAAAUUCUGAUGGAGCUCUGAAACCUGUAAAUGGGAGGGAGAACAGUAAGAGGUCAAUUGUCCAGCAGGGAGUCUAUUGUGAUCCAGACAAAGUUUCCUUUGCGGAAGAGCAUACUUACCUGUACGAAACUGGUGGUAACAUAGGUGAACGAUGUUUAGAUCACCAAACAAACAUGAUGGCAUUGUACCAUGUGAACCCUAAUGCAGAAUGGGUCAUCAAAACCAGUAACCAUAGAUAGUAACUAUAUCAUUCAACAUGUUGAUGAGGAGUCAUGGCAACCAAAGUUCUACUCUAACCUCACUACCAAAAGUGGGCAACUUGUUGAUGGGGAGUCAUGGCAACCAAUGUUCUACUCUAUUCUCACUACCAAAUGUGGCCAACGUGUUGAUGGGGAGUCAUGGCAACGAAUGUUCUACUCUAUUCUCACUACCAAAAGUGGGCAACGUGUUGAUGGGGAGUCAUGGCAACCAAUGCUCUACUCUAUUCUCACUACCAAAUGUGGCCAACGUGUUGAUGGGGAGUCAUGGCAACCAAAUAUUGUACUCUAUCCUCACAAUGGCUAUUCUAAGGAAAUACACAGCUAACAACCAAAGAUUGCACUGCCAAAUCUGCAUGGAAACAGAGAAUCCCUGAAUCUCCAUGGUAACAAUGUGGAAGCAUAGUAGUCAACCAAAGAGUUAACUGCCAAAUCUUUGUGGUAACAGGGAGAGAGCCAAAAUCUCCAUAGUAAUAAUUAGAAAGCAUAAUGGUCUACCAGAGAUUGCACUAUUCAAUAUCCAUGGUAACCUUUACAAUUGAUUACUGCUUUUUGAUACUUUAUAAGGACCAUGUAUAAAUUCUUAAAUCAAUUGCCGUGGUUUUCCAUCAAAAUGAAGUAUGAUGAACCCAAAUGGUCUAAAUGUUGAACGUUUUCACUCAAUAGUCAUAAAACAUUUUUAUCAACUACAAAUUUAUUUACUAUAUUUACACUAAACAUAUCCAUGUGCUCCUGUGGCUGCGACUUCAUAUAGAAGUUAGAAAUAUGGUGCUUAUUAAAUGUAGAUAGCUGAGGGAUAAUUCACAUGAAAGUAGUAGAAAUAUUUAUAUAAAAAGAAAAACUAGGCCACACGUCUUUAAUAUUUUGUCGCAUCUUUACACAAUUUUUUCAGACUGUUUACAGAUGCGACCAUACCUGCCUUUAAAUAAACAGUCUGAAGAAUUUCCAACAUGUGACAAAAGUACUAAAGAUGUGUUGUCAAGUUUUUUCUUUUCCUUUAUUUAUUACUUGGUCUGAAGGGAUCAUACCUAACAAUCUUAUGAUAUAUAUAAAACAAAAUAACGGUGAGAUUUACUGCCGCAUAAUGUCAAAAACUGAUAAGAGCACCAAACUUAAUGACACAAACUGAUAUGAAUUAUGAGAGCUCUCUUCAUUAAGUGCUACACUAGUUAUCCAAUUAUGGUUCUUUUCAUUUUACUUAAUGUAUUAAAAUAUAAUUAAAUGAAAAGGGUAACUUCAUAAUCUUGUUGUCUUAAAACUGAUUGAUGACUAUGACUUGUAUUGUCUCCAUGUUUCUGAUUGACUCAUGAAGAAUAUUUUUUACCAUUUGUUUAAUGGUAUUCAGAUAUGUCUCCUGAUAAUUAAUUAAUAAUUAAUAUUUGUGUAAUGCUUUAUACUGAGAUGUAUCUCUGUGCAAUAUGAAGUGUCUUAAUGUGUAUUGUGCCUCGUCGGAGCAAGAAUCACUCUCCCCAAUGUUCCGAGAAGUUUGAUGGUUGUGGUGGGUGGAGUAGAAGGGCUGGUUUUUAUAUUUAAGAGAAAACAUUCGGAGGUGUGGAAUGGUCUUCUAGGGUAUACAGGAGUACACAAGAGUAUAAAAAUAAACAAAUCUUCUACCAACUCACUUCAAAUUAACCUAGUGUCAUUUGAUUCAUGACAUUCUUGUCAUCUGCAUGCGUUGUUAUGUAUUUGAUUUUACUGUCUAUGAAAAUGACUAUAGUCAAAUACCCUAGUGCCCUCCGACAUAUACCCAAUAUGAUCAGUCAAAAACCCUGGUGACGACUGUCAUAUACCAAAUACAAUUAGUCAGAUACCCUAGUCCCCCCCGCCAUAUACCCCUAUACCAUCAGUCAGAUACCCUAGUGCCCUCCACCAUAUACCCGAUACUAUCAGUCAGAUACCCUAGUGCCCUCCACCAUAUACCCGAUACUAUCAGUCAGAUACCCUAGUGCCCUCCGCCAUAUACCCAAUACUAUCAGUCAGAUACCCUAGUGCCCUCCACCAUAUACCUGAUACUAUCAGUCAGAUACCCUAGUGCCCCCCACUAUAUACCCGAUACCAUCAGUCAAAUACCAUAGUGCCCUCCGCAAUAUACCAAAUAAGACCAGUCGAAUACCCUAGUGCCCUUCACCAUAUACCCAAUAAGACCCUUCUACACAUUAAAACGUGUGCCUGUGGUAAGGGUAUAGAGGGUAGCUGCUGUAGAGCGGGGAUUGGGUUGGGCUAAACGUUUUGAGAUACUGUAGUGAAGACAAUUUAUACAUAAUUAAUGGUGCAUCAUUAACCAAACACCACUAAUUAACUUGUUACAUAAUGUAGCUUUUGAGGGCAAAACAAAAGUGAUUAGGUGUAACUGCAAUGUUGAAUUCAGACAUCACAUAAUUCGGACAUUUUGUAGUGACAAAGACACAAACACUUUGCCAGUUCUUCUGAAAAGACAAAAAUGAAUAAACUCUUGUGGAAACAAUCGUAUACGUCCUUUUAACACUAAUAACGACUUUUCUGGGCAUUUGGAGGUAAAUAAUUAAGAUGGGAGAUGGUCAUCGAUGUACGUUUAGUACCCUAGUUAAAUUUCAGGUUGGUCCAAGGGUACCACACGCAAAUGAAUUACCUCACGCAAAUGAAUAGAGUUUUGGGUCCAUCUAUAUCGUUUAUGCCUCUUGAGCUGCAAUUGUUGCACGAACUCUUCCAUCAUUGCAUUGAUCUAGAUUUGACCCUCCUUGGUAUAUGGUUCCAUUCCUCAUCCAGUGCCAACGUCAACUGAGCGACUUUGAUUGGUUAGGCCUACUUCUUAUCCUCUGUAAAAUCGUCCCAUAAUUAUUUGAUCGAGGAGAGGUCAGGUUUAACCUGAAAUUUGACGAAGUACUGAACGUACAUGGAUGAAAUUAUCACAGAUGACAGAAUGGCAACCUAUCUUUCAAUUUCACCAGUAUUACAUUCUAUAACAGCUUUUUAUUUCCUAGAAACUGGACAACCUCUAAUUGCGUUCCUUUUUCCUUUCAGUAUAUAUAUUUAUCUGGUUCGUGAUCAUCGCCAAUAAUCUGCUAACACAUGUCCGAUAUGUCAUUGUUACUGUAACUAGAUACUAGUACAUGUUACCUUGACAAUCUAAUUAAAAUCUAGACGGCCAUUCUCACUACGUUACAUGAACAUCUAACCAGAGACUUGUAUAUCACAUGCACAUGUGAUAUACAAGUCUCUGAUCUAACAACAUCCCAUAACGGCUCACGUCGGGGUGACCUUUUGGAUUAGCCAAUCAAAUGACUACUUCCAGAAUCUUCGAAGUGAAUUUUAUGAACGAAUUAUCAUGACUAGAGUGCAUAACUUACAUAAUAUGUCAAUUUGUUUCUACAUGCUGUGCCGAAAUAGUGUGCUUCAGAUGAUAACAGAUUGCUGUAACGAAAUGGUUUGCUUCGGUGACAUCGGCAAAUUCACAAUUCGCUCUGAAAGUGAAAUACACACAUCUCAAAGGUCAUCAGAACGUGACCCCUUAUAUGAUGUUAGAUGUUCAUGUAACGUAGUGAGAAUGACCAUCUAGAUUUUGAAUAGAUUGGUUACUUUAACAAUGAUGUAAAGUGUUAGUUCAGAACCAUUUAUAUGGGACAAUUUACACUUUAAGGUAGAAUAAAAAUCGUCACGGUGGGUGACGGUCAUUACAAAAUCGCAAUGACUUAUACGAAUGUAAAACAUACAAGGGAUUAAAACAUUAAAGCGACUAUAUCUGUAGAUUUCAUACUCAUUAAAGUGACUGUAUCUGUAGAUUUCAUACUCAUGAAACGGUGAUAUCUUCUUGUAAGUAGAGAAUUGGGUUUAUGAAAUAAUGAUACCAGUGCCCGUUCCGUAAAAACAAUGCUACAUAAGUAAAUAUUUUAAAAGUUUUAAAACAAUGUUUACUCGGUUGAUGUUUAGAGAAUGCUACACGGACAAAGUCUUCUGUUUACUUCUUUAAAUAUCUCUAAAUGUCAGUUUUCUGUUUCACGUGACAAAAAAGGUUUUUGAUUAAUUUGAGAUUUGAUGAAACUCCUCUGGAAGGUUUAUUUUUUGCUCGCCAAGGUAAAAUAAAAUCUCCGAUAAAAUGUAAACUCAUUAAAUAUCCUUUAUCUAUACACCUGUGUGUAAAUACAGUAUUGUCUAUUAUGGUUUUGCUUGAUUUGCUAUCUCUCAGUUGUCUCGAGAUCCGCCAUAUCUUUUUUAAUUUCCUGCACAACAUAACCUUACAUCCUCCUUUGUGUGAUAUCGAAUUUCUUCCUAAACGUACCAACAAUUAUUUGGAAUUAACGUUUUCACAUCAGAACUUCUUGACUACUUUUUCAAUCGGUUCAAAAUUAAACCUGUUCUAAACAUUAUGAUCUAUCAGUAUAACUUCCCUUCUAAUUCGUUUCUUAAGCAUUAUCUUGACAGCCGAUGGAACCCAGAAUAUUAAUCCAUAUAUAGAUACCCUGUUUAUUAUGAAAAAGUCACGAGGACUGAAAUGGAUAGCUUACUAUGUGGUAACAUUAUGGAUUAAGCUUGCAUCAAGAUUCUGAUGACAAGGGAUAAGGUUUUUACCAAAGUCCAACACGUUAAAGGUCGAGAUCACAUACAGGUGAAUAGAUAGAAAUACAUGUGGAGCUAGAUUGCACUAACUUAUGAUCUCAAAAUACAGCUUGAUUAUAAAGUUCGUAAAAAUUCAAUGGAAAUGUACCACUCGUCGCCUGCUUUUGCGAUCCUCCUUUUUUCGACGUCUUUUUCACUCCUUUUUGGUGUCUAAAUUAUUCUGGCAUGUUCUUUCAUUGGCAAUGAUUUCACCUCUGCGAUAUAUUGUUCAAACACAUCAAUUAGUAUAGUAAGGAAUGUAUUUUCUUUAAUGCUGUACACUCCUUGUAUAUUUAUGAUUUUAUGCUUCUAUGAAAUUGCAAUAUAUUAGAUGUGUUACACUUUGUUAACUUCUCCCGGCAGAAGUAAUGAUACAUGCUAUUUGGACAAUAGUUUUUUCUUGUUAAACACGUCAUGUGUUGUAUCCAUGUUCAUUUGAACAACCGGUAUUGAUGAAGACAUUGAGCGGGGGAUGGAUAUGAUAUGUUCUUUAGUUGCAUCGUAACACAAUAUUAAGUUUUCAAGGAAAACAAAAAGUUAUAUAUGCAAUGUGUAUCUGUAUAACAUUUGACUAUUUUAUAUCGUUAGAGUGAUUAUUGUUCUCAAUGUUCAUUUAUUGAUUAUAAUUAUCUUUUGGACUGGGCAUAUUCACUGAUAUUUACCGAUAUAUAAUAAUUCAUUAUAACAUAAAACAGCCUAAAUCUAGAGAAUACGUGUAUGUAUCAAUUGGCCAUUUUGAUAUAAACUGUAUAUUAAAUGGUCCAUUAUCUAUAUUAUAUGUAUUGAUAUUUAUGGAAUGAUCUGAAAAUGAAGAUACAGAUUUAUAGUAUACUGUUAAUAUAUCAAAAAGACAUAGUAUACUAUUUAUAUAUCAAAAAGACAUUUAAGUAUUUUACUGCAUCGCGUCAAGGAUGGUGAAGGCAAAUGUGACGUCAUUUGUUAUAUCCAAACAAGAUGACGAGAGCUUUAAAGGUAAUUCGUUUGAUAGUUGUCUGUUUCAUAGGAAGCAUUGUCAAUUAUAAAUUGUAAAACUUAUUGUUAAGCAGACAAGGCUAUCGUAUCGACACUGGUCAUUAUACUGUUUGUAUAACAUGUAGCAAUGUUGUAUAUUAAAACUGUUAUUAAUUUUG